AUGGCAGUCCAAGGCCACUGCGAUUCUUCUUUUAACAACGUACGCGAAGUCUUCGCCGAGCAUUUGAGGACUGGCGCUGAAAUCGGAGCCUCAGUCUGCUUGUCAAUAAAUGGCGAAACUGUGAUCGAUCUCUGGGGCGGCUAUGCCUCGGCCGAGCGUACCCAGCCCUGGGCUCGCGAUACAAUUGCACCUGUGUGGUCAAUCAGUAAAACAAUCACAGCCCUUGCAACUCUGCUCCUCAUCGACCGCGGCCAACUGCACCCUGACGACCCUGUCGCCAAGUACUGGCCUGCCUUUGACACUCCGGAUAAACGCGGGGUCCUCGUCCGGCACUUUCUCAGCCAUACCUCAGCCCUUCCAGCGUGGGACCCGCCAAUCCAGGCAUCUGAGUUGUUCACAAACACUGCUCUUGCGACGGAGAAGCUCGUCGCCCAAGAGCCUUGGUGGGAGCCCGGCACCGCAUCGGGAUACCACCUCGUCUCUCAGGGCCUGUUACUCGGCGAGCUAGUGCACCGCAUCUCCGGAAAACCACUCCCGCAAUUUAUCGCCGACGAGCUGGCCGGUCCACUCAAUGCAGACUUCCACCUGGGCUUGCAGAACGAGAGCGAAUGGGGCCGCAUCGCCAUAAUGGAGCCUCCACCUCCAUUUCCGGCUGGAUUGCUUGACAAACCACCCAAACCAGACAACCCCAUGUACAUUUCCCUCCGUGCCAUGCGCGGCAUUCGCGGUCUCGACGGGCCCGCCAGCUCAACUCCUGAAUUCCGGCGUUGCGGAAUCGGCUCUAUGGGCGGUCUGUCGAACGCACGGGGUUUCAACAAGAUCCUGGAGAUCAUCACAAAUCGCGGCACAGUCAACGGGAAGCAAUUCCUCAAGCCUGAGACAGUCGAUCUGAUCUUCCAGACGCAGGCUGAAGGAAUCGAUCUCGUUCUCGGUACGCCAUUGAAAAUGGGCAUGGGCUUUGGUCUCUCGAAUGGCAGUCUCGACUGGGUCCCAACAGGAAAGAUAUGCUUCUGGGGAGGAUGGGGCGGCUCACUUGCGAUCAUGGAUCUGGAGAGGGGCAUGACAUUGACGUAUGCGAUGAACAAGAUGGAAAACGGGACGCUGGGGAAUUCGAAUGCGGAGGCUUACACAAGGGCUGUUUACGAGGUUAUUCGGAGACAGGGAAUUGGGAAGGCAAGUGAGAGUGCGAACACGAACGCAAAUCUGUAGGCCAGAGGCCCAGCAAUGUUGAACCUGAAAUCCUCCCUGCAGAGUGUGUGGAUAACGUACUUGGCGUUUUCUCUUCCUACCUCUCUUCCGAUUUGGUUACAGAAGUACUUUCCCUAUUAUAGCCAUGCCUUAUACAUAUUAUACGAAAGCACUUUCCUGUACAUCCUUCAAACACAGUUGAGUGCACUACGUCUCGUGGUCU